CAACAACAAGAACAAGGUGAACAAGAACUGGAGCAAGUAGGUCAACUAGAUGAGUUGCAACAAGAACUACAAGGUUUUCACAAAGCACAGCAGCUGGAGCAAGUAGGUCUUUUAGAGGCAUCACACCAAGGAGGUUUUGCCCGAGGACACGAAGACGAUACGCUUGCUCCUAAAGAGCACGGUCUUAAAGAGCAGGAUGAUGCAGCUAAAGAACAAGAUAUUACUAAAGAACAAGAUAUUUUUUUACUCGAAGAUGAAGAUAAAAAGCACGGUCUUCACGAGCAGGAAGAUGCAGCAGCUUCUUUUAGUCCUUAGAAGCAUCAGAAGAAGAGAGACAGGGGACAGGUCCAACGAAGAAGAUGCCAUUGACAGAACAACAACAACUGCUGCUCCUCCACGAGCCUCUCCUCCUCUCCACCUCCACGUAGAUCCAACACUCCACCUCCGUCUAGAAGUACUCCAUCAUCGGCACGUAUCAGAACGGGAAAAACCACAAGGGCACAACGACGGCGAAAACUACUAG